GUUGUGGUCGUAGCUUGAUGUCUAUCGGUCGGUGCGCCUUGGAAUAAGUUUGAUAUUGCUAUAAAAAUAAUAAAACACAAAUGUUGAAAACAAUCUACUGAUAAUUAAUACAAUUGAGGCACUUAGAAAUUAUUGAUGACUGUCAUACAUCGGAACAAAUUAUGAUGGAUAAAGUUGUGUUUACUUCAAAAUGGUGGGUGUUUGUUUUUGGGUUAACAUAAUACUCUUAAUAAAUAUAUGCCUGGCCAAACCGAAAGACUGUCUCAUUGAAUGUUCAUGUUUGGGAACUUAUGUCGAUUGUGGUUCAAAGAAGUUUGAGACAAUUCCACCUAACAUUCCAAAGUGGGCAACAUACUUGGAUUUGCAAAACAACAAUAUAAAGAAUUUUUCUGACGUCAACUGGAAACACCUAUCUAGUUUAAAAGGUCUCAUUUUAAAUAAAAAUAAUAUUGCUUAUAUUCCAAAAGAUGUGCUCCAUAAUCAGUCCCAGCUGAGAAUAUUGGAGUUAAAUCGUAACAAAAUUAAAGUAAUAGAAGCUCUCAAUUUUAAAUCAUUGGAAAAUUUAAGUACCUUAAAACUUAAAAGAAACCACAUAACAGAGUUAAAGGAUGGAGCAUUUUAUGGACUCAAGAAAAUUGAUAAACUAUUAUUGGAUUACAAUUUUUUGAAGGUUGUUUCUAAAAGUUGGCAGUAUGGCUUAGAAACUCUAAAAGAACUUUCAAUCAGUCACAAUUACAUUGAAAAAAUUGAUGAAGAUUCAUGGGAAUUCUGUAGGACACUAUUUUUGCUUGAUCUUUCGUUCAAUGCCUUACAAUCUAUAGAAUCAGAUACAUUUAAAAAUCUUGAACAUCUACAAAAGCUUUCUCUUAAUAAUAAUAACAUAUCCUUUAUCAAGGAAAAUGCAUUUGUUCAUUUACCCAAGCUAAGAUUUCUAAAUUUAAGUAACAACAAGAUUUGGUGGACAAUAGAAGAUGCUAGUGGCAUAUUUCAUGGUCUUAAUUCUUUAAUGAAAUUUCAUUUGGCUGGUAACCGUAUCAAAUCAAUUAAUGAGGGUGCCUUUCUGGGUUUACAUAAUGUUACUUAUCUCAACUUAAGUAAUAAUAAUAUUACUUCAAUCCAAAACAAUGCAUUUGAGGAAAUGCCAGUAUUAAAGGAUUUAGUGAUAAAUACAACAAGUUUAUUAUGUUACUGCAACUUAAAAUGGUUUCUGGAUUGGCUUAAUUUAAAAAAAAUUAAAGUCCAAGCCAUCGUUUGCUUUCAUCCUGAAUGGUUACGGGGCCAGUCACUACUUGAAGUAUCAAGCAAUUUAACAUGUGAUGAAUUACCCAAGCCUCGUUUGAUUGAAGAACCAGAUGAAGCAAUAAUGGCUUUAAAAGGCGAAAAUAUUACUUUAAAUUGUAAAGCAAUGUCAAGUGAUGAUCCAAGUACAGUGACCUUUAUAUGGCGAAAAGACAAUGCUGAACUUUCUAGUCCCAAUAUAGAAGUUAAAUUUAGAUUAUUUGGAGAUGGAAAGUCUACAGAGAUAAUUUCACUACUUCAUUUAACUGAUAUAGAAAAUAAACAUGCAGGAAAAUAUCAGUGUGUUGUGUCAAAUAGUUAUGGUACUACUUACUCACAGAAAACUACAAUAUCAGUCCUUGUUUACCCCACUUUUACCAAAGUACCUAAGAAUGUAACAGUAAGGGCUGGAGAAACUGUAAAAUGGGAAUGUGCAGCAAAUGGAGAACCCCCACCUGAAAUAGCUUGGCAUAAAGAUGGUGGAAAUGAUUUUCCAGCUGCUCGAGAAAGAAGGAUGCAAGUAAUGCCAUUGGAUGAUGUAUUUUUCAUAAUAAAUGCCAAACCAAUAGACAUGGGCAUGUACAGUUGUACUGCUCAUAAUCAAGCUGGUUUAAUAUUUGCCAAUGCUUCAUUAAUAGUUGAAGAAAGACCAUCUUUAGAAAAGAGAAUGGUGGACAAAGAAGUAUCAGCCGGGGAGCAUAUUGUAUUGCAAUGUAAAGCCAAAGGUAUACCAAAACCAACUAUCACUUGGUUAAAAGAUGGAGAACUUAUUAUUCCAACAGAGAGACAUUUUUUUAUACAUGAAAAUCAGAUGGUUAUUAUUGUUGACUCAGUUCAAUCUGAUUCAGGAAACUAUGAAUGCUACUUAAAUAAUUCAAUUGGGGAUGAAAUCGGAAGGAGCAGAAUUGUUGUUAAACCACAUACUUAUGAUACCAGUAACAUGAUGGGAAUCAUCAUAAUUUCUGUAGUGUGUUGUGCUGUAUUAACAUCGAUUAUAUGGGUGGUAAUUAUUUACCAAACUCGUCGUAAAAUAGCAACUCAAGUAAUCCAAACAGAAAUGCAAGAGAUUCCUGAUUCUGGUGACAGAUCUCGUACGCUUCAACUCCAACACCAUCUCUAUCCAGAUAACGUUUCUGAUCAGUCUUCCUGCAAAGACAGUGGUACAGGGGAUUCUGCAAAACGUAGCAGUGAUAAUUUGGCUCCUGAAGAAUUCACUAUGGUAGUUAGUGAUUCUGAUACAGAACCUAAUAAUUCACAAAUUCCCUUGUUGCCCUAUCCAACAAAUCAUGAUAGGAUUGUUCCUACCACUUCCACUGCUUCGGUUGUGUCUGUGAGAAUUGAAAGUGUAAAUGAUAAAUUGAAGUAGCAGGAAUAAAUUGAACAUUUUUUUGGUUUGUGAGCUACCUCUGUUCAAGAAGUUCGGAAAACCUUGCCUUUUAAGUACUGAAGUGUUUGAUGAACAAUAAUAGAAAACAAAUGUUUUAUUGUAUUAAUAAUUGACGGCAAAUUUAUAUUUAUAUAGAUCAUCGAAUACUGUUUACAUUUUAAAAUAACCUAUUUAACAGUAUUUUUGACAAACUGAAACCUUGGAACAACAAAAAAAUUCCUCCAACAUGUCUUCCAAAAUAGAAGUAGAUAUGUCUAGUAACAUACUAAAAAGGCAAGGUUUUGUCACUUAUUAAAAAAAAAUUCUAGGGCAAUUGUUUAUACUGUUUUAUAACAGGAUUUACACUUUCUGAGAUAUAUUUCUGAUAUUUGAUUGAUUUUAAACAAUGUUGUUUAUUUAUUGUUUAAGUCGGCAUCACAUUUUAUUCUUUAUGACUGUAUUAUAUUUUAUAUCAGCUUUAAUUAUCGUAUUUUGUUAUUGUACAUUUCGUAUUUAUUUAAUAUUUAGAUUGUCGUACAAAAAAAGGUAUUACAAGCCCACGGUCAACAAGAAAGGUAUUGCUAAAGUAUGUCAAUAAAAAGGGAGACAAACAACUAAGAAAUAGUUACAGAAAUCUUUUUUAAACUCGUUAAUCUUGUACAGAGAAAAAUAGUAAAGACAGGCUAUUAUGUAAUCAUGAUAAUGUCAUAAGUUUGAAAGUAUUUAUUGUUAAAAUAAACCAAGAAAAUUAUAGCUAAUUAAUUCUCAAAUUUUGAAAAAAAUUACUGCAUAAUCAGUAUUCUAAACUUGUCACUUAAAACAUUUAAAUUAUUAAAAUGUGCCUUAAAAAUGUCUUUGUAUUUCUACAAAAUUAAAUUAAUAUAUGAUAAUAUGCAAAAGUUAAAUUUAUAUAAAAAUAUUUUGAUAUUAACAGUGUAAUUUAAGUUCCCUACAAGUUUUAUUGUUUAUAGGUGGUCCAAUUCCACAUCUAGUUGUUAUGAAAAAAAAAAGCGAAGCUUAAAUAAUAUUUUUCCUAAUAAAAAUGUAAUUUUAAACUUGGCUUAUUUCUUAACAGCUAGUGGUGCAAAUAGUGAAUAAUAUUACAAUUAACAGAUUGGCUGUGAAAACCGUGUUCAGAAAGACAAAUCGUCACUAUAAUGUAAAAUAACUUGCAAUCCCAAUUAUGUAUUUAAGAAAAAUUUUGUUCUAUCCCUGAUAUUCCCAGAUUUUAUGUGACUACUAAGCUGUUGAAAUAAAAAACAAAUAGGCAAUUUAAAAUGGUUGCCAAUGAGCACGUAAAAUCUGGGAUUAAUACUUAAGCAAUACUUUUCUUCAACCUAGUAAGCUUUCGUGGUCAUUGAUCAUAACACAAUUGCCUACUUGCUUGUUACAUAGUCUGAUUUUUAAUAUGUUAUACUUUAUUUCCUAAGGUGAAGUACUUAGUACAUCAAGAAGUACACGUGGAUGUUAACUCAGAAUGUUUCAUUUCAGAAACAAUAUUUAUACAAAUAUAAUCGUUUCCUAAAAUAGUUUUGAUAGUACAAAGGGCUUAACUUUAUUUUAAAUGUAAAUGUUUUUUAUUUUAGACAAUUAAGACAAUCUUAGAUACUCUGUGUUUGAAACAUUCUGCGACAUCCUGUGUAUUUCUGCCUAUUUACUAUAUAUAAAAGACUAAAGUAGAAUAUCUACAAGCACAUACAUAGUUGAGUAAAAUACGCUCUAGUUUGUAAACAAAUUUUUGUUCAAAAUAUUUCAUAAUUUAUAAGACGAUUGAACUUAUUUUAUUGAGAAAAUAGUAUUUGAAAUAAGUGCGCACAAUUAUGAGAAUUGUAAAUAAACAUCAAAAAAGGUAUUUAUGUUUUUACUGGUAAAAGCAUCAAUACAGGUAAAUUGAGCUCGCAAUAACAAUAAUUUCUUACAUAAUUGACUUAAGGUGUUAAUUAUUUGCAUUUCAAAUUAUAUUUUUUAUGUUAACUUUUAUAGACAAAAUUUUGCUUUCUACCCUCACAUUUGUUCAUAAAUGAAUGUGCCAUUUUAAGACAAUAAAUGUAUCUUUAUAAAAUAAAUCGUUCAGUUGUUAAGUGACAAAUUAAUUGCAUCUAAAUGGAAAUUAAUUAAUAAGGGAAAUAAUUUUAUUUGAUAUUUAAUUUGAUAUUAUUCUCUCAUAACAAAUAUAUACUCGAUUAAAAAAAAAAAACUUAAAAAGGCAGCUGUUAGUCUUCCGUCCAAAUUAGAGCCUUGCUUGUUUGUAUGUGUCAAAUAAAAUUUUAAAAUGUAUUUUGAUAAUAUUUAAUAACUAUUUCAUAAUAUUAACAAAACAAAUACCAGUGAACUUCAUCUCGUACAGCCUGUUAAUCAAUGGGCUACUGUGAGACAAUAAAUAAGCCUUUUACAAAAAAAAACAAUAUAAAAUGGGACCACAGAAUUGUACUAAAAAAAAUGAAAUUCGACUAUUGGUUUAGUCGAAGUUUAGGUCAAAUUAUAUUUCACAUUUUUAUUAGAUAAAAUAAAUUAGUCAAAAUUAUGACGGGACUGAAAUGGGCGUUUGAAGUACCCAAACUGAAAACCAAUAAAGUUGAUUAACUGGCUUCACGAAAUAAUUUGUGUUGAAACAAAUUUGAAUGUACAUUUGGAAUAAAUAGAAAUAUUUGGAUCAAAGAUUCUUGUUAAUUUCGUAUCAAGUAUAUUUUAUUUCUAAUUAUUCCAAAUAUAUCUACAGGUAACCUCUGAAUACCCAGUAGUAACGUUCAUAUAAAAUGCCUUAUUAUACUUAUAUAUUAAUAUAGAUUAUUAUGAUUACUAUUUUGUAACUGCAGUUGUUAUCUGGUAACUUUUUAACAACUUUGACAACAGUGGCUAUUCUGGUAUUCACGGUUGUUUUAAAAAUAAUACAAUUGCUGUAAAUUAAGCUUUUAACAACUUAAGAUUCGGCUCGGGAGGAUUGGGACGUGAAGUGAACUGUCAUUUAUUAUUUUGGAAUUUUAACAGUUUGAUGGUGGAUUGGUUUCAAAUUUAAAAAAAAUUAGCUCUAAAGUUUUAACGAUCUAAUACACUUGUCGGCGAUUUUGUGAACCAGCAGGCUUUUUUUAUGAGACGAGCUAAGAGGCAUCUCCUAUAAGCCUCCAUAUUGAGAUCUAAACGAUGUGUGGCAACCCACCCUCCUCACGUAACAGAUACAGGUCGCAAAAAAAACAGUCUUGAAGUUUUACUUCGUUCCUAAAACAAACCAUUAGAAAAAAUAAUUUACUUCUAAUAAGUUCCUAUUGUCAAUACACAUACUAUGGUGUCCAUAGUAGUCUCGGUAACCACCAUAAACCAUGUUUGGUUGCUUCCAAAUCACUGCGAAUCCAUUUUAACUACUAGUUGUUACAUAUUUUACUUAGACAAGUUUGAUUGUCUCAAAGUGGAAAUAUAACAACUGACCAUGGUCUAAUUGUUGGAUAGCAACUGUAGGAUACAACAUAUAUCUAAUGUUUACAUCUAUUACAAGAGAGUUUCAUCUUUACCACAUUUAAUGAGGCUUUUUUUUGGCUAAAAAUAUAUUCUACAGCAUUUGAUUGUUCUAAUUUUUAUGACACUUAUAUUCGUCCCUGAGAGAUGUACAUUUCUUUGGGAAAAUAGUAUAGUACCUACUUUUGUUUCUCUAAUAAUUAUUGUCCAAAUUAUUUAUACAAGUGUUAUCUGUUUUUACCAAAUAAGGUCACUCAUUUGCUCAGUAUAUCAACAUCAUUUGCUUAUGCAUGAUGGGCUUUUCCAGUAAAGCAUUUUUGUUGGACAUGAUUGACGAAUGAGUGAUAACUUAUUAUUAGGGCCGUUUUGUAAAGGUACACUUGUUUUAGUUCCUAUUUCACAUGAUCGUUUUCUGAAAUUAUUUUUUUAAAUGUAUUUUCGCCCUUUUGUGAUAUAUUUUAGCAUGUAGAUGUAUCAAGCCUUAAAAUGUAUUUUCAGAAUUCAUAUGUUUUUAAUAUUUCUAUACUUAUAGGGAAAAACGUUAUACAAUUCUGAUGGAUACAUUGAAAAAUUCGUAAGUAAACUGUAUAUGCAGGGUAAAAAGUCUCGCAAUAAGGUACUUUUUUUAAAAUUUAUUUCAGAAACAACCUAAGUCACAUUUUGUCCAUAUUGGGUUUAUCACAUUAAAAUUGCAGUUUCAGAGUAACACACAUUUAAUGCAGAAAAAACAUAUCUUCUGUUUACAUCAAUAAUAAAGUUUUCGUUUAUUUAUGAAACAACUUUAGUCCGGGUCCUAGUUCAAAACGUUUUUUUCAUACCGCCGCAAUCUUUAAUUUUUUUAAAUAGGUCGAGUGAUAUCUCAAAGAGAAAGUUACUUCCUCUUAAUUUUGAAAAGACCAAAAUUUGAUGUAUCCUCUUAAAAAAUUCAGAUCUCAUUUACAAUUACACGAUUCAUUUGUUUAAAAAAAACCUUGUUACUAGUUUUUAAUUACCCUGUAUACAUUUAAAUAACUAUAAUUACUUUAAUCGUACUAUUGCCACUUCUUAUAACCUAAAUUAUUUUAGUAUCUUUCAGUUGCCUUACAAAAACGUAGAAAAGUGCCUUUAAUUAUCCAUAAUAUAAAUCGAAUAUUCUAAAUAAGUCUCACAAUUAUUUUCUAGGAUUUUUAAACACUCAGGAAAUUCAGUAAUAAAAAAAUUCGCUUAUUUCUUAAAAGUAUUAUAAAUAUUUUUUAAUUGUUUUAUUUUUAACGUUUUGUAAUGGUGCAUCGGAUAUUAUUGAGAAUGCCAGUUAUUUUUUUUUAUCGAACUUAAAUAUAUAUUUACUAAAUUUUGUUAAUCGUUGUAUGUUGAUACAGUAUUGCCAUAACUUUUAUCUCGUAAGUAUUUUUUACAUGUUUUUGUGAUACAAUAUAGUAUAGUAUACAUAAUUUUUUUACAGCAUAUUAUAAUUGUUUUUAGUUAGAGUACGUAUAUGCGGUGAUUACUGCUUUGCUUUUAUGCCCAGAAAUAUCUAUUAGUUUAAUGCAUAGGUAUAGUGGUUAAUAGUGCCUUCACAGAUAAUGCCAUAUUUUUAAACCACUUAGAAGAGGAAAGCAGUAAUAUAUUUUUUAGUUUUUUUUAUUGAACCACUGUUUUAUAUUAACAGACUCUUUUUAGGCAUCUUUAAAUGUUUCCCAUUUACUUUGGAAUAUUUUCAUAAAUUUAUAGUGCGAAUUUUAACUUGGAUUGUUUUUAGAAAAAAAAAAUGUAUUUUCUAUCAAUAAUAUUGUGGAUAACACAGCACUAAUAUUGAAAUUCUUCUAAAAAUGUUACAUAUAGUGGUUUAAACAAAAAAUAUUAAGUUGUAAAUAUAUUUUUAACAUUUUAGGCCCACAUGAUAUUAAGCCAAAGUGAUUGUACAGCCAGUGACUUUUAUUAAAACUUUUCCAGAUUCUACACUAAAAUUCCAGUUCAACCAUUUUAAGCUCAAAUUUGAAAUAUGUCAUUUUGUAUAUUUUUCGAAAAUAAAUACGUUAAAGCUGUUACUAUGCAAGUUGUGUCAAAUAAAAACAAAAUUUUGUAUAUUUUAAAAAUAACUUUACUGCAAGUACAGACAAUUUCAUAUAUAUUGUGAAUAAUUGCCACAAUUUGCAUGAUACAUGACGGUUUUGACCAAGUAUAGAAUCUAAGAAUACCUUUUCCUAAAUGAAAAAAAGCCAAUUUUUCCUCUAGAUAGGUGAUUUGGUGACUCUAGUGUAUAUACGUUUAGCACACUAAUAAUUUAGAUUUCAAUGUAAUCAUAAAUAUAUGCUUGAGCUAUACACUAAGUUAUAUGUACCUGUGUAUUUGUAAUUUAUUAAUUACAUAAUUUCGUAAUAUGUAAAUGUAGUUAUUUAUUUAGCAAAUAGGAUAAAAGUACUAAGUUUAAAUUAUAUUUUCAUUAUAGUAUUACUAAGUAUACCUCAAUACUAAAUUUUUCUUGUUCAAAAUACAAUUUUUAUAAUUAAG